CUGUCUAGUGAAGCCAUGGCAGAGGUGGUAGCCGGUGCUGUCGUCGCAGAGCAGGUCGUCUCGACUGGUCUCGAGGCAGGAGCCGCCGUUGCUUUGGCACGCCCGACGCAGCCUCUCAAGGUUUCCCUCUCUCAGAUUGCAACCACUCCCGAGGACGAUGCUUCUCUCUCCCUGGCGCGUUCUCAUCACUCGGUCACGGUCAUCAACCACAAGGCCUGCAUCUUCGGCGGAGAGAACGCUGACGGCCAGCUGUGCACGACCGACUUCCACGUACUCUCUGUGCCGGCCAUCACCAAUGGAGCCGUAACCGAUAGCGAGUCGGUGGCGACAUACGCCUGCUAUCCAGCUUUCGCUAUGAAGGAUGUAGACACCGGCAAGACCUACAUCCCAGCCCCGCGCACAAGGCACGCAGCAUGCGCCCGUGGCCAAUUUGCCAUAAUCCACGGCGGUGCCGAUGCCAGCGGCAAGCCCAUCGAUGAGACCUGCUUGUGGCUCUGGGACUCUGAAAGUCUGAAGUGGACCAAGAUUCAAGGUGCCAGCCAGAUCGGCAAGACGCUCACUCCGAGAUUCGACCAUCACAUCUUCAUCGACCAUGCGCAAGACAUCCUUGUCCUUCACGGCGGACGCACUGCCCUAGGCGAGAAGGCGAGCACCGAGACGUGGUUGUACAACUUCGACACCCUUGCGUGGACCGAGUUGCCUCCUGCUCCUCAGUCGCCCACGGCCGCCGCCUUCGUGGACAACGUUCUUUACACCAUCGGAGCCGAUUCCGAUAUGGGUGGUGCAAUCCAUUACUUGGACCUCAAGUCAAACGAGACUGAUCGAGAGAAGCCUGACGCUCUGGUGUGGAAGACCGUCAACUUCCCCACGAACCCGCUGGUGCCUGGUCCCCGCCCCCGCGAAGGUGGCGCUCUUGUCCCUAUCGACACCGGGGUUGGCCGACACUACCUUAUCUACAUGUUUGGUCAGGAGACCAACUCCAGCGAGAAAGACUACUACACCGACAUAUGGGCACUGCAACUGCCCAGCCACGGCUUCAACGCCGCUGCUGUGAAGGAUGCGAUUCGCGACAAGCUGCCACGCCUUGAGUCUGGAGAGUUCAGCUGGGCUGAGGUGGAUCUUAUGCCCAACGAAGAAGUCAAGGCAGAGGGCAAGGCUCAUCCGGGUCCUAGAGGAUACUUCGGUGCUGGCGCCGCGGACGCGAAGAGUGUCAUCUUUUGGGGCGGUGCCAACGCGAAGGGCAAGGAGGGCGAUGGCUGGCUUCUGAAAGUCCAGUGA